AUGACUCAGACAAGCCCUACGGACAAGACCCAAGGGGUCAUAGAUGUUGAAGCAUUGAAGAAAGAAAUUCGUGAGCAAAUUUUAUCCGAACUGAAGGAACAAAAACAAGAACAAAAGCCAGAGAGACCAAAGAGAAAACUUAGUGAAAAACAACUUGCUGCAUUAGCUGCUGGAAGACAAAAGAACCCACGUUUGCUGGCGAAGAAAGCUAGA